AUCAUGGAGCAGAUCCUCCUAAAAGUUAUGAUAAGGCACAUACAAGAUAAAGAGGUGAUCCGAGACAGCCAGCGUGGCUUCACCAUGGGCAGAUCAUGCCUGACUAAUCUGGUGGCCUUCUAGGAUGAAAGGACAGCAUCAAUGUAUAAAGAAAGAGAAACCGAUGUAUCCUUAUGUAUAAACGGGGGAGAUAUGGAUUUGUAGGGUAGACUAUUAAAUGGAUGAAGAAUUGGUUGGUAGGUCAUAGGCAGAGGGUUGUAGACUGGCUCUGUGUCCAGGCUGAUCACAGGUGGUGUUCUCCAGGGGUCCAUCUUGGGACUGGUACUAUUCAACAUCUUGAUUAAUGACAAACAGUGGGAUAGAGUGUAUCCUCAGCAAGUUUGUUGAUGAUACCAAGUUGAGUGGUGCAGCUGACACAAUCGAAUGAGGGGAUACCAACCAGAGGGACCUGGACAGGAUGAAAAAGAGGGUACAGGAGAACCUAUUGAAGUUCAACAAGGCCAAGUGUGAGAUGUUGUAUUUAGAUUGAGGCAACUGCAGAUACGAGUACAGACUGGGAGAAGAACUCAUUGAGAGCAGCCAUGUGGAGAAGAACCUAGGGAUCCUGGUAGACAGAAUCCUGUGCAUAAGUCAGCAGCGUGCUCUUGCAGCCUGGAAUGCCAACAGUAUCCAGGGCUGCAUCAAAAGAGGUGGCUAGCAGAGAGAGGAAGGUAGCCAUCUCUCUCUACUCUUCCCUUGUGAGACCCCAUUGGGACUACUGAGUCCAAGCCUGGGGCUCCCAGCACUGGAAGGAUGUGCAGCUGUUGGAGUGGGUACAGAGGAGGAUCACAAAGAUAAUCAAAGAGCUGGAGCAUCUUUCAUAUGAAGAAAGGCUGAGGGAUUUGGGCUUGUUUAGCGUGGAAAAGGCUCUGAGGAGACCUCCUUGUGGCCUUCCAGUGCUUGAAGAGAGAUUACAAGCAGGAGGUGGGCUGACUUUUUACAUGGUCUGACAAUGAUAGGACAAGCAGGAAUGGCUUUAAGCUAAAAGGAGAUUCAGGUUAGACAUUAUGAAAAAAUUUUUUACUCAGAGGGUAAUGAGGUGCUGGCACAGACUGCCUGGGGGGGUUGUGGGUUGUGGAUGCUUCAUCUCUAGAGGCAUUCAAGUCCAAGCUGGAUGGGAUCCUGAGCAAUCUGGUCUAGCGGCUGGCAACCCUGCCCAUGGUAGCAGGGGUUGGAACUAGAUGAUCUUUAUGGUCUCCUUCAGCCUAAGCCAUUCUAUGGUUUUAUGCUCCUGUUGUGUGUCACAACAGUAAAGGACUGCAAAGGAAAUGGAAAAAAAAAUGCCCAGUUUCCCUCUACAAUUUUGUCCACAAGGCAGCCUUUUUCUCUUGUUGUCAGCAAGACUGAAAUAUCAUAUUAAUACAUCAAUGUGCCAAAAAUCUCCUUUGAAAAGUGAAGAACAGUAAACAAGAUUCAUUGUCUUUGAACAAUAUCCUUAUGGGUCUCUUCCAACUCAGAAUGUUCUGUGCUUCUAUGAUUCUAUGAAGAGUAUGCAGUGCAGCAAACCAAAAUAGCAGUAAGAAUUAUUCUGAGAAGUAAAAUUUCUUGCCACUUCCUUCAAAGCCAUAAGUGGGACUUUUUCCCACCAAUAAGAUUAUGGAAAGUCAUUAAAGAUGGAACUAAUAAGUACUGCUUUAGCUACACAAGAAAAAUGUAUUUUCUACAGAGCCCUUUUUCCUCCAACUUUCCUGUUGUUGAAGCAAUACAUGCCUCUUUCAGUUGACUGUUUGAAACAGCAUCUUGUGUAGAAAUAAUGACUUAGAAUAAUUUUGUAAAAACAAGGAUAAGUAUAAAUAUGUCCUUGAAAAACUUCUCAAGUCUGGUAGCCUGUCUUAUUACUGUAUAGAAUCCAAGGAGCAGUGAAGAGUGGUAGUUCAUUGGGCGAGUGGCAAAAGGGAAAAACUACGCAGGGAUUGUGAAACAGACUGGCAGGAUGCUGCCAGCAAGCUCCUUUUCCAUCGGCAGCCUAAUUUCUAAACACUGCUAUGUCUUGUUUAAACAUCUCAUCUGGGUCUGAUUGCACCGCAUGUGACAAGAAACUCAGACUGCUGCAGAUGUGCUGUGUGACUUGGCUGGGUUAAGGCUGGAAACAGCAUGGAAGUUUCACAGUGCCCCAUCCAAGUGUGGAAGCAGGAAUGCAGCAAAAUCCUUUACCUUAUUUUGGUGAUGGAGCUGUUGAACUCUCUGGCUGAGGGAGAACUUCCAUCCGUCUUAACCUGCACUCCUUACAUCAACAGAUCAGAGAGGAGGUGAAUGCACUGUACAAAUAGCCCACAGUAAUGAACACCAGAGCAGGGAGGAAACUAGAGAGGCAGCAGUUAUGACAGCAACAAAAUGACGAAGUGAACAAGUUUUUAGACAACAGAAAAGUAGGUUGGACUUUAUAGGAGUCUGCAAAAAUGUGACAUCUGAAAGAAGCUUUAUUGAAAUUGCUUGAGGCACUGUGUUAUUUGGUAGUGGAUUGCAUCUCUGGUCACAUUUUCAUUCUGUCCUGUUUUCCUGAACCUUCAAAAGACAUCCCUCAAGGAGCAUUUUCAGAAAUAGCAGCUGUUGGGUUAGAGCCACAAACAGCCACAAUGUGACUUGCCUUCAAAUGGAUGGUGUUGCAUGUGAGCAAAUCACUGUAACAUGAUGCUGGUAUGAGUGUACUGUUGUUUCACACUGCCUGGUUCCUUAAUCCAUGUGAUUAAAUCUUUGCAAGAUCAAGUGUUUGUUGUAUCUAUUCAAGGGCUGUUGUUAUUUCCAAUGAUGCUUUGUAGUUAGCAGCUUAUAGACUGCCUUGCAGUAAAUACUGAAUGUAUACAUAUACUUGCAAAUUCAUUGGCUUUUAAAAGAAAAACCCAUAUUUAAAGCAAUAAUUUAAGUUCUGACAGGUUUUUUCUUUCUUUUCUGUUUUUUUUCUUUUCUUUUCUUUAACAGCAAUGCUUCAUUUUUCUCUGGAGAAAAAAAUAGGGGACUGUGAAUUAUAUUCCAGUUUGUCAAAUAAUCAAUGUGCUACUUCCAUUUUUUAUUAUACUUCUGCCAAUGUUAAUAUAUGAGACAAAUGAAUCAAUGAAACCAUUGAAAAUUCAGGUAAACCUCUAUGUCUUACACAGGUGCAGCAUUUGUCUCCUUUGUGACCUAUUUUAUCCACUACCUCCACAACAACAACUUUUUUCUUUCACUUCCACAAAUCAUUUUUUUCCUGCUCUUCUGACAGGAUUAUGUUGUAUUCUAGAAUUGCUGAAAAAUGUAAAUAUGAUGUCUCUUCCUUUAUGCCCUCCCAACUUAAUGUAUCUGUAACUUGAACAACAAAUUCUUCUUUGUGUCUUCAUUCACAGUGUUUUCUCUGGGAAAGGCUGAGUGGAGGACAGCAUUAAUAUUGUAUGCCUCUUGUUAGUUAAAAUAUACUUAGUCCUUUUUGUCCUCAAUCUAGCUACAGAUAAACAAUUUAUUAACUUACAAGAAAAAGCUGAUUAGGCAGAUACAAACCCAAAACACAAAUAGGAUAGCAUGGAUUGAGAGAAAAAUACAGAUGGGGAGUUGCAUUUACUAUUUUUAUUAUUUUUUAUAUAUAUAUCUGUGUUGGUGAUUACAGUGCAUUACUUGCUUUUGACCCACUUCCCACAUUCUCUGAUAUAAAUACGUUAUACUCUGUAUACUCUCUGAUAGCAAUCCCUGGUAAUUCAGAUUUUACAGGCCCCUUACCAGGAAAUAAAACAGAAAAACAAAAUAAUCUUGGUGGUAGAAAUGCUUUUUUCCCUUCCUCACAGGCAAAGGAACAGUCAACAUUGUGAAAAGCUCCAUUUGCAAGAAUAAAUUCUAAGCUUACAUUCUACAAUUCUAAGCUGACAUUCUAAGCUUAAAUUGUAAUUAAAGCAUUAGCAUUGACAUAGGUCCACAAGGAACUGGGGAAUGGAUGUUCAGGGGGUGAAACACCUCCCAUCUGAGAGAGCUGCAGAUGUCCAGGCUGGAGAAGGGAAGACUCCAGGUGUCCUGUUAGUGACCUUUCAGUAUCUAAGGGGGAGAUAGAAGAAAGAAAGGGAGAGACUCAUGAGCAGAGUCUGUUGUAGUAUGACAAGAGGAAAUGGCUUCAAAUUUGAAGAAGGGAGAUUUAGACUGCAGAUAAGGAAGAAGCUUUUUCAAGAAGGGUGGUGAGGCCCAGGAAGAGAUUGCCCGGAGAGGCUGUGGAUGCCCUGUCGUUAGAGACACUCAAGGUCAGGCUGGACGCAGUUCUGAGUAAUCUGAUGUCCCUGUAGCUGUCCCUGUUCAUUGCAUGGGAGUUGGACUUUAAGGAUCCCUUCCAGCUCAAACAUUUCUGAAUGAAUAUUAGACAUAACAGUCUGACUAAAAUAGAUGUGUGGUUCAAAGUUUUCCUGAAAUGAUUUUCUUCCUCUCCUUCCUGACCCCCACACUUCCUGCCUCCCUCUCUCCAUCCCUGUCUCCCUCCUUCUCUUCCUUCUCUGCAGUUCUCUGAGCCCACACUUUGUGUAACCACUCCUCAUCCCCAGGUGGACAUGGGAUUUCUGAGGCCCUGAAGAAGCUGUGUCUGGACAUGGCCUUCUCGGUCACCCUUGGAGGUUGCCGCCAUCGCUGGCCUCCUCCCCCCCACACCUCUCUGCUACCCGCAUUCAGGCCGCCAUCGGCUUCUGCAGAGGUGAGCUGCAGCCGUGGAGGGGCAGUUUGCAAACUGAGCGAGGGCCUCUGGGGGUUUGUACCAUCAGCACCACUUGAUGAACUCAUGAGGAGAAGGCUUGAAGCAAAUGCACCAAACAAAGCCUCAGUCCCCUGAGUAUAGACAGCUCUACGACGUUCAUUCCCCAGUUCAUUCCUGCCUCACUUUGCGUAUUAGAAUGACAGAAUGAUAAAAUCAGAGAAUCUUUAGAGUUCUAAGGGAGAUCUGAAGGCCAUCUAGUCCAACUCCCAUGCAAUGAGCAGGGACACAACAGAUAGAUCAGGUUGCCCAGGGCCUGAUACAGCCUCACAGCAGAAGGAAGAGAUCCUGGGCAGUCCAGCUGCUCUCAGGCCCACUUCCAAAGCUUUCUGGGUAAACAGGAACACAUAUCCCAUCUGCUGGGAAGUUUGGUCAAAACAAAUUCAACCGGGGUCCGGAGCCAGCCCCGCCCGGGCGGGGCAGCGUGUCACAGUGGGGCCCUUUGUGACACGUCCCUGUGUCACCCAGGCAUAGCUGGCACGGACACGGCAGCCCCGCAGUGUCCGUCAGGACAGCGAGGAGACAGGGCAGCAGUGUGCGGGUCUGGCGAGGAGCCCCCCGAGCGCAGCCCACGUCGUUUUCCUCAACCCCCGGCAGCCCCGCGGCUGCCCCCUCCCCACCCUCAGCUCUCAUCCAGCAGGAUGGAGGAGAGACCCCCCAGCAGCCCCAGGGUAGCCUGGGAGGAGAGUGGGGCUCCCCGGGAGAGGAAACCUCCACCGGAGCCCUACGAAGUGACCGAGGUGCAGCCGCUGCGUGCUGAUGCUGACUGGCUGCCUGUGUAUGCAGUGGAAAAGGAGGCUGUAGAUUACAUCGAAGCCUAUGUCAACAUGGAGGAAAAGGAUCUGGUGCAGAAGAUGCAGUUCCUGAACUGCAUUUGCCUACUCUGCAGCAAUGCCAGAAGGAAACGCUUGACAGCGAGCCUGGAUAUCUUCAGCUUCCUAAACAAUCUGCCAGAGCACAUUGAGGUUCUGUUGUGCGAGGAGCCCAGGGAGCAGCUGACCACAGCACUGAGAUACCACUGCAUGAAUGCUAUUGCUGCCUUGAGCGAAGCGACGGCAAUUUCAGAGAGCGAAAUAUUACAUCUCUUAAACGUGUGCUUCAGUGUCAUCUUCAACCUUCCUCCAAAAGAAAACCUGAACAUUUGCCUCUACAACCAUACCCUGAGUGCUAUGGACAACAUGCUGUGGAUCGUGCUACACAGCCAUCCCACCUCCAGCAUCGAUAAGCAGCUGCAGAGCAUCUUUGAGGUGCUGCUGCCCUUCACCAUCUCCAAGAGAAAAACUGUGCGUGAGAGGGCCAUGGAGCGGAUCCAGAAGCUCUGCGGUUGCACAGCCAGCAGUUUCAGGCAGCAGUUAAGGAGACACGAACAUUCCAGCCAGGCACUCUCAUUCUUUGCAUCCCAGAGCUGCCUCUACAGCUCAGGGCUACCUGCAAGAAAAGCGUGUGCACAGCCACUUGGAAAGAACCUUCACCCUUCUCAGCGGACAGACAUUGUCCUUGCGACCCUUGAGAAGAUCACUGGAGACUACAGUUCUGAUGAAAAGGAGUGGGCUGAGGCUAUACUGGAUGUGGUUCGGAGAGACCCUGGAACCUGGCUGAUGGAUGUGCCAGAGAUUCUGGGGUACAUCCAGACAAACCUGAAAAUAGAGAGCACAUCAGUUCAGCAAAUCCUGUUCUCGGUGCUUGAUUUGCUGGCCAUUCAGUUUCCCAAGGAUGUGCUGAGGAGUAUGCUGACCGACCUUCCACAAACUGACAGCACUACCCUGGACAUGUGGAGCAGCGUGCUUCCCGUGCUGAAAACGUCCGAGCACAUCUUGGACGAACUGAGCAAUGUUCUCCAGGACCAGCGGUUGUGUGAGAACUGUAACGUCACCACAGCAGAGUUGAGCCUCCUUCGCUUGACUGUGAUACAACCCACAGAAGAGAACAUGCAGCAGUUGUGUCAGCCAGCACGCCUCCAGAGGCUUCUGAAGAUCGAAAGCCUGCCACUCCUCUGGCUGGUGCUCACAGGCCUUGUCCUGCUGUCCGAGAGACCUGAGACGGCAGGAGUGAUACGGGCUCUGUUUCCAGAAGUCAUGGAGACCCUGCGCUUUGCCAGCACGCCCAUUACUCUGAAGGUGCUCAAUAUCUUCAGAAAUGUAAUGCGCAAUCUGGGGAAGAGGCAGGCCAGUCCCAUUGCUCUGCAGCUGGCUGAGAAGAUUCUGCCUCUUUUUAAUCACGUGUCAAGUGAAGUGCGAGAAGGUUCCAUCCGCCUCUUCAAAGAAGUGAUGGAUGCUGUGGUGUGGUGUAAGAAGAGAAACAUGAAGAAGGCCGUGCGCAGGGGCCUGCUCCCUCUGCUCUUUCAGAUGAGCGACGAGACCCCGAGCGUAGCACAGGCAUCUGGGGAAGCCCUCGUGGCGUGUGCCAAGUUCCUGAAGUGGAAGGAGCUCAAGCACCAGGCCCGGGAGGAGAACACAGUGGGGAUCAGGAUGUGUUUGCUGCAGCAGGACAGGAGGAGAGUGGAAGGCUACCUGUGGCAGAGCCUGCCAUAUCUGGAGGAUUCUCAGGCCUCCCUGCGAUGCGAGGCUGUCACAUUCCUUGGGCUGGCUGUGCAGCACUCCAGGGAACAAAGUGAGGAAAUGCUGAAUGAAAUCUGCAAUGCCCUUCAGCCUUUGGAAGAUGACGCCCAUCCGGCAGUCCGUUCCCUGGCAGCUGGGACAAUCCAGAUGCUGAGACAUGAAAGGCAGCAGGCGGCAUCAGCACGGAGCAGGCUCGCAGCGCUUUGCUGCUGGCCCUGCAUCGCCAUCUGAAAUGUGUCAAGUGAGGUGCGAGAAGGUUCCAUCCGCCUCUUCAAAGAAGUGAUGGAUGCUGUGGUGUGGCGUGAGAAGGCAAACAUGAAGAAGGCUGUGCGCAGGGGCCUGCUCCCUCUGCUCUUUCAGUUGAGCAGCGACAAAGAAUGAUUCUGCAAAGCUUCUUU